UCUGCGAUCGUCCGCUCCGCGUGGAUGCGCUUGGCAACCCAGCCUAUCCAACCCCUAAAAAUUCCGUCGAUCCUUGAUUCUAUGUGAAAGUCACAACGUACUUAAAGCUACAUAUACAUAAGAUUCCUGUAUAUUGCGCCAUGCGAACGUCUCGAGCAUCGAAGCAGACGGAGAAAGUCUUGCAGGCGCUCUCGCCUCCUGCGCGCCGGCAAACGCGUAGUUCUUCCAAUCUAAAUGCGCUGCGCAGCCUUACAUAUAACGGAAGUCCUAAUGACCAUGUUGAAACGAAGUCGCCUGCGAGCGAUGAUGAAACAUCAUCUCUCUCGUCUCUCAACAUGGUGGACAUUGAAGAUAUAAUGGAGCCCCCGGCGAAACGCCAGAAAAGCAACAUAGACACUGCGCCACCGCGGAAAAUCAACUCUCGAGCUUCAACAAGGGUUCCUGAGAAGAAGAUUGAAAAAGCUGUCAAGGCUGAGCCUGUAGCACAGAAGGCACGCCGCGUUCCUGCGCGAAAAAUCAAAGUAGAGGAUGGUUCAUUCAAAGUAGAGCCACCCUCCAAUUGGGACACGAUAUACGCCACUGUCAAAAAGAUGCGCGAGGCUAACCCGACUGCUCCGGUGGAUACCAUGGGGUGUGCCGAGUUGUAUUGGCGAGCCUCGUCUCCGCGAGACCGACGAUUUCAGACUCUCAUUGCGCUGAUGCUGUCUUCCCAAACGAAGGACACCGUCACGGCUGUGGCGAUGCAGCGGUUACACACUGAACUUGGGAAUGGCGAAGCUCCUCUGAUAGAGACCAGUGUGAUCAAGGAAGAGCCAGACGAGAAAACAUUCAAGUUAGAAAAGCCCCUCAGAGACAGUACUUUGAAUCUCAAGAAUAUUCUGGCUGUUACCCCCGAGCGACUGAACGAAUUGAUCGGCAAGGUGGGCUUCCAUAACAACAAGACCAAGUAUAUCAAGGCCGCAGCUGUCAUUCUUCAUGAUCAGUACCAGGGCGACAUUCCAUCGACUGCUGAGGAGUUAAUGAAGCUUCCCGGAGUAGGUCCGAAGAUGGCAUAUCUCUGUAUGAGCGCUGCUUGGGGAAAGCAUGAAGGUAUUGGAGUUGAUGUUCACGUUCAUCGCAUCACGAACCUCUGGGGCUGGAACAAGACAAAAACACCGGAGGACACUCGCAAGGCUCUGGAAUCAUGGUUGCCAAAGGAUAAAUGGCACGAGAUCAACAAGCUUCUUGUCGGGCUGGGACAGACGGUCUGCUUACCAGUAGGCAGGAAAUGCGGGGAUUGUGACCUCGCGGGGACGAAACUAUGCAAAAGCGAGAUCAGAGGCCUUGUAUCUAGCAGGAAGGUCGAUGCUAAGGAGGAGAGUGUUGAAGGCGGAGUGGAAGUAAAAAUUGAGGGGGAGUGAGUUGAGUGCCCCAGGCACGAGACUCUAGCUCCAACUUGAUUUCCCUGUUGGGAACUACCGACAUCCAACUUAUUGACUUUUGUUACAUGGACAAAUAUUUCUUGACUAAUCUCUUCCUCUACUCUUCCUGCUCUCGUGUAGUCAACCUCGCUGCCUCCCUACCCUCUUUUCCUUUGUGAUGCUCCAGCCAACUUGCCUUUC